AUGGGUGUCCCCUCAUUUUUCAGAUGGCUGAAGGGACAUUACCCACUUUUACUCAGCCAAUGCAUUGAAACAGAGUUAGACGAAGACCCAUCUCAACCAAACCCAAAUACUGAAGGAGAUGUCGAAUUUGAUAAUUUGUAUUUGGAUAUGAAUGGUUUGAUUCAUCCAUGCUAUCAUCCAAAGAAUCAAGAACAUCCAAAAACAUAUCUUGAAGUAUUCCAAAAUGUAGAAAAAUACGUUGACAGAAUUUUUAAUUUAGUUCGCCCUCGAAAGGUUUUAUUUAUGGCAGUUGAUGGUGUUGCUCCAAGAGCUAAGAUGAAUCAGCAAAGAAUACGAAGAUUUUGCGCAGCAAAAGACUCAGAAUAUAAUCGUUAUAUGCAAUGUCAAGAUUUAUCAAUUACAAAAGAAGAAAUUGAUGAAAUAAUGGAUCCUCAGACUAUUAUACAAUCAGAUACAAACACAAUUACACCAGGAACCGAAUUUAUGAUGCAAUUAUCAGAUUAUAUUACAGAAAUGAUUAAUCGCAAGCAGAAAACAUCACCAGCAUGGUCAAAUAUAGCAGUUAUAUUCUCAGAUGCAUCAGUUCCUGGCGAAGGAGAACACAAAAUUAUGGAAUUCAUUCGAAGUCAAAGAGUUGAGUUUAAUUAUGACUUUUCGCGUCAUCACUGCGUCUAUGGUCUUGAUGCCGACUUCCUUUUCCUCGGUUUAUCAUGUCACGAAUUAUUCUUUACAAUAUUAAGGGAAGAAGUCUUCAAUGUAGAGAAUCUAACACCUCCUGCCGGAAGAUUUGGUCCUGCCAAAUUUUUAUUUGCGAAUGGUUUUGUUUUUCGUCAGUAUCUCGAACGAGAUUUGAAACCAGCCAAAAUGGGCUUUGAUUGGUACUUCGAACGUGCACUAGAUGAUAUUAUAUUCCUUUGCGUAACAGCAGGUAACGAUUUCUUACCUCAAAUCCCAGGAAUGAACAUUCUUGGCGGUUCCAUCGGAAAAAUUUUCGAAUUGUACAAGAAAAUUUUGCCAGAAUUAGGUGGAUAUAUCACUGAUAAUGGGAAUGUUGACUGCAAAAGAGCUGCUAAGUUCCUUCAUUCUCUUGUUGACAGUGAAGAAAUCGCACUUCAAGGUAUUAUGAACCCUUCUAAUUUAUCAAAAGAAGCUUCAAUAAAUACCAACAAAAUUUACCAAAACGAUUAUUCGCAAAUUGAAAAAGUGCCACGACCAAUUUCCUCAGAAAUCACUCUUGAAAAACCGGAUGAUGCUUUUGAGAAUUUGCAACAGAGAUAUUAUAAAGAGAAGCAUGGUUUCGAUGAAAAAGAUGUUGAAAAAGUAAAAGAUGUUUGCAUAAAUUAUCUCAAAGGAAUGGCAUGGACAUUACAGUACUAUUUGCAUGGAUGUACAUCAUGGAGCUGGUAUUAUCCUUAUUAUUAUGCUCCUUUGUUGUCUUCUUUCGAGUUACUGGAAAAUUUAGAUAUAAAUUUGUCAGUUUUGGACGAUUCCAAGCCAAUACCACCGUUAGAACAACUUAUGUCUGUUCUUCCGCCACAAAGUAGUCAUCUUCUCCCUCAAAAUAUGGCAGAAUUGAUGAAAAAAGGUUCUCCUCUGGAAAAAUAUUAUCCAACAACGUUUUCUAUUGACAUGAUGGGCGGACAUCAGCCAUGGAAAGGAAUAACAUUCAUUCCUAUCAUUGAUGGUGAGUUUCUCGAGAAAACUUUGAAAGAUUCAAAAAUUAUUUUAACUGAUGAAGAAGAAAAAAGGAACAAAACAGGAUUUGUUAAAGUCUUUGUUCAAAAUAAGGACGAAGGUCUCUGUGAUGGUUCUUUAAUUUGGGGAGAACUCAAGAAAACUGAAAUUGAAAAUUGUUUUCAUUUCAUAUUCGAAAAUCCACCUCGUGAAAAGAAUUUAUCGUAUAUUCCAUUGAAUAUUGAUCUUCCUCGUAAUAUUGUUGGAGGCGUCUGUGUUGGACCUUCGAAACCUGAAGACAUGCCAUUGUCAAUUCCAGGAAUUCCGUAUAACUGCAAGAGAGAUUUCAGAAUUACUAAAAUUAUCCAAGAAAAAACACGAAAGUCAACACUUUCUGUUAAUAAGAAAAAGAAAAAUUUAUCUCAUCUGAUUUAA